AUGGCAUCAGACAAAACGGCGCAGUCCCUAACGCCGAACGCCGUCCGCGCCGCAUACAAUCUGAUCCAGCCAUAUGUCCACCGUACGCCGUUGCUGACCUGCAAAACCCUCGAUUCUAUCGCCUCGACCCCGCAGUCCCCCGAGGCCCUGGCGGGCACACUAUUCGAGGGACAAACACCUGCACAACCCAACUUCCGAUUCUAUUUCAAAUGCGAGAACCUGCAGCGGAUUGGUGCCUUUAAGGCCCGCGGUGCAUUCCAUGCUGUGCUGCGGCUGCUGGAGGAGCGCGGGGAGGAAGAGGUCAAAUCGCGCGGGGUGAUCACACAUAGCUCUGGAAACCAUGCGCAAGCCCUCGCUCUCGCUGCGUCGACCCUCGACAUUCCUGCCUACAUCGUGAUGCCGCAUAUCAGUACCUCGUCCAAGAUUGCGGGCACCAAGUCACACGGCGCAGAAGUUAUCUUCAGUGGAUCUACAAGUGUUGAGAGAGAGGCCGUGGUUGCAGAGAUCCAGGCCAAGACGGAUGCAAUCUUGGUGCCUCCGUAUGACUACUUUGACAUCAUCUGCGGGCAGGGAACAACUGCGCUGGAGCUGGAGGAACAGUAUGCUGAGCGUAGCUCGGGUAUCCUGGAUGCAGUGAUCACACCUGUUGGCGGUGGCGGUCUCAAUGCAGGUGUAGCGACCUAUUUCUCUGAUAAACCCCAGACACGGGUAUUCGGUGCAGAGCCCAGCUUCGAAGGAGCAGACGACUGCCGUCGCGGGUUGCAGGCCGGUCAACGUGUGGAAAGUGUCUCGACUCUGACUAUUGCAGAUGGUUUGCGCACACCAGUGGGAGUCUUGAAUUGGGAAGUGAUUUCAGAUAAACGCAAGGUCGAAGGUGUCUUUGCCGUCACGGAAGAGCAGAUCAAGGCCACUAUGCGUCUGGUCUUGGAGCGGAUGAAGGUCGUUGUGGAGCCAAGUGCAGUUGUUGGACUAGCAGCUUGUCUCUUCGAUGAGGAUCUUCGACGACGUGUCGAGCAAGAGGGAGGCGAGAAAGGAUGGGAUGUGGCACUCGUCUUCAGCGGAGGCAACACCACCGUCGAAGCCAUCAGUAAGCUGUUCAGCUAG